GAGGAGCGAGGGGAAAGCGAUGGAGCAGAGCGGACGGGAGCGGACGAGAGCUGCUGCCUGCUCGUAGAGGAGGGAGGGGUCGGCGACGGAGGGUCGAGGACCGAGGACGCAGAGAUGCAAAGCAGGCGGAGCAGCAGCGAGAGAUUGUUAGCAGCAGCGAAGGUGGACCAUGAAAUUGGUUGAUCCUGCGAGAAAACGAACAAUUCCCGCCACCGCGCUCGAGGUUUGGCGGUCCGCUGUGAUUUUCUCGCUUCCGUAACCCUCGAACAUUUUAAAAAUCUGCCGACCUCGCAGCGCGCAGCUGCCGAGGCUGCUGCUGUGUUCUUGCUUGCUCGCGAGCCGACUUCGUCCCCCGCUCGUAUUGGAUUGAUCUUGGUCCCGCGCUGAUGAGGUGAAGCUGUGCGUCGCGAGGAUAGGAAAUGCGGUGGAGCAGGCGAGGCGUGUGAGUUGAAUUCCAAGAAGUGCUCACCUCGGUCGACACUCAGGGGUCAAGCGGAAGGUAGGGAAUAUGGUGCUGUGCGCGAUGGAGGCCGUCGGGGCGCUCACCGGAGGGAUCUGCGCCUCCGCUGCUGCUUCUUCCAGUUCUUCGUCGCAUGUCGGUCUUCGGAGAGUCGUCAACAGCACUAGCAGUGCGUCGGUGGUCGCUGAUUGCGGAAGGAGGAGGGAUUUGGACCAGGAAAAGCUCAAAGGAGUAGCAGAGGAGUUAGGUUGCCACAGGUCGAGCCUCUGGGCCGCAGCAGCAGCAGGUGAGACGAGCGUGCGAGGUAUCAGGAAAAGCAGGGCUGUAAGGGCUGUAAGCAGGUCCAAUUGGGAGAGCUUGAGGAAAGUUUCUGCAUUGGCAUCGCAAUGGGGUUCCGAGUCGUCCGUCGAAUGGCAGGAAGACGAGUAUCAAUAUACUAGGCCCGGAAAUGGGAGUUUGACUGCAAGCAAAGCUGGGGGUGGGGGAAGCCCCUUGCCCUCUGCCUCCUCAUGGCAAGGCGCUCCUCCCAUCCAGUCUUUCAACGAGGCUAAGAUUAAGGUCAUCGGUGUCGGAGGCGGAGGAUCGAAUGCUGUGAAUCGCAUGCUUCAAAGUGAAAUGAAGGGGGUUGAGUUUUGGAUCGUAAAUACCGAUUCUCAAGCAAUGGCAAUGUCCCCAGUUCAAGAAGAAAAUCGGCUUCAGAUUGGGCAGAAGCUGACCCGUGGACUUGGUGCUGGGGGCAACCCUGAGAUUGGUAUGAGUGCUGCCGAGGAGAGCAAGGCUUUAGUGGAGGAAGCUCUCCGUGGGGCCGAUAUGGUUUUCGUCACUGCCGGCAUGGGUGGUGGAACCGGCAGUGGGGCAGCCCCUGUCAUUGCAGGUGUUGCCAAAGCUCUCGGAAUCUUGACCGUAGGAAUAGUCACGACUCCUUUCUCUUUCGAAGGUCGCAGGAGAUCCGUCCAAGCCCAAGAGGGUAUAGCAGCGUUGAGGAAUAAUGUGGAUACGUUGAUUAUCAUCCCUAAUGAUAAGCUUUUAACAGCGGUGUCCCAGUCAACCCCUGUGACAGAAGCCUUCAAUCUUGCGGAUGAUAUUCUGAGGCAGGGAGUGCGGGGCAUAUCCGAUAUCAUCACAGUUCCUGGGCUAGUGAAUGUGGAUUUUGCGGAUGUUCGAGCAAUUAUGGCUGACGCAGGGUCUUCGUUGAUGGGCAUUGGCACAGCCACAGGGAAAUCAAGGGCUCGAGAUGCUGCUCUCAGUGCCAUUCAGUCACCUUUGCUUGACGUCGGCAUUGAGCGUGCCACUGGGAUUGUGUGGAAUAUAACCGGUGGGAGUGAUAUGACUCUAUUUGAGGUUAAUGCAGCAGCAGAAGUGAUUUACGAUCUCGUGGAUCCAAACGCUAAUCUGAUCUUCGGAGCUGUGGUGGAUGAGAGCUACACUGGGGAAGUGAGCAUCACAUUGAUCGCAACCGGAUUCCGAGGUCAAGAUGACUCAGAACUGCGCUCAGUCCAGCAAACGGGCAGAUCUAUGGAUGGAGACCAUGGGAGGCGGCCUUCUGGAGUACCCCCGUUGAGCGGAAGUAAUGGUAGUACUGUCGAUAUUCCUAGCUUUCUAAAGAGAAGAGGACGCUCUCGCUAUCCUAGAGUUGGUUAAUUGUUAUAAAAUGUAAAGCAAGUCGGGGCGUUCCUCAAGAAGCUUUGUCUCCCUUUCCUUAUUAGUCAGUGGUCCUCAAGAGCCCCUUUGGGAGAGCUUGUCGGUUGUUUUCUCUGAAUAUCUGUCUCCUGUACCAUGGCGGUGAAUUUGAGGACUACAUCUUAGCUGAGAUCAUACAACUUGUGCACCGAAGUUAAUUUGUGUAGCUUAUCUUCUUGCUUGUUGAUGGUUGAUAGGUGGAAGCACAGUCAUGUAAGUAGUUGAUGGUGUGUUGAUUCCACCUCGGUCCAUCUAUCAGUGGUGUGAAUAUCUGUUCACCACUUAUCCAUAUGGAGCAUCUGUAGCAGUUGUCGAUUUGUUGGGUUCAAGUUCAAGUUUGUGAAGGAACACCUUGGGUGGGUGUUUCCAGGCUUUGAGCCUAUGUAUGAGAUUCAGGUAGCUGCAGAGACCCACUUUGGUGUAAGGGAGGUGUUCUUUAUCUUGGACCAUCUACUUAUUUAGGUCGGGGUCUUAAAGGCUAGGUUGAAGAUGAACUGAUUCCUGUUCGUCAUGUUUUGUUGUCCUCCCUGUAUGAAAAGAAUUCGAGUGUACAGCCACGCCGUUCUUAUUGGGUUACCUGACGAGUAUCUAUUCAGUUUAUUGAAUGAAGCAGCUAUCAAUAAAAUUCCUGGUUA